UCCCAUGUUAAGUACAGAGCUUUCAUUUCUCAUAGUAUAUGUUCUGUGUGUUGCUGGUUGCGUGAUUCCAGUCUACAUCGAAAAUGAACGUCACAUAUGUAAAUGGCGAGGAGUAUAUAUGACGUAUCGACAAUAUAAAGAAAAAAUUACUUGCGGUGUGAGUGCUUUGUUAAGUCGAUUCAUUAAUGCGGAACGCAGAUUGCGUUGUUAACGGAUGAAAUAUAUAUAAACGAUCUAUAUCUAUUUUCCGCGGUGGAAAACGACACUUGUGCAAGAGAAUGACGAGUUGACCUAUCAGGAAGAAUGGAAUGCCUUGUACAUUUACAACGAGUAUUGAAAUAAAUUUGAUCCAUUGGGUGCUACUCAAAGUAUAAGAUGGCAGAUGUUGAUCCUGAGACUUUGUUAGAAUGGCUCAGUAUGGGGCAGGGAGAUGAAAGAGACAUGCAGUUAAUCGCAUUAGAACAAUUAUGUAUGCUGUUGCUUAUGUCCGAUAAUGUGGAUCGUUGUUUCGAAUGCUGUCCUCCGCGCACAUUCCUCCCAGCACUUUGCAGAAUUUUUCUGGAUGAAUUGGUACCGGACAGUGUGCUCGAAGUAACCGCUCGAGCCAUCACCUAUUACUUGGACGUCUCCGCAGAAUGUACGCGCAGAGUGGUUGCCAUGGAAGGUGCUGUAAAGGCCAUCUGCAGUCGCCUUUCUGGCGCUGGGCUCGGCUCUAGAGUCAGUCGGGACUUGGCGGAGCAAUGUAUAAAGGUGUUGGAACUUGUAUGCGCCAGGGAAGCGGGUGCCGUAUUCGAGGCUGGUGGUCUACCUUGCGCGUUGUGUUUCAUCCGAGAACACGGAGCUCGUGUGCAUCGGGACACAUUGCAUUCAGCGAUGGCAGUCGUUACUCGACUAUGUGGCAAAGUUGAGCCUCAAGAUAAGACCUUGCCCGAUUGCGUCGAGGCUUUGUCGGUCUUGCUUAGACACGAGGACGCACACGUUGCGGACGGGGCGCUUCGUUGUUUCGCAUCACUGGCCGACAGAUUUUCCAGAAGAGGAACAGAUCCUGCGCCAUUAGCGUCAAAUGGACUAGUUUCUGAACUUUUAUAUCGAUUGUCAAAUGCAGCAGGUCCUGGCACAUCCGCUACAGCAACUUGCAGCAAUCCAAAGACACCUCCGCCAUCCAGUACCGUGAGCACAAUUCCAACUCCGGAACCAAAGUCUUGCGCCUCUGUUUCAACUAUAAUUAGCCUUUUAUCGACGCUCUGUAGAGGAUCACCGUCCAUUACGCACGAUCUUUUACGUUCGGAAUUGCCAGAUGCGAUAGAAAAGGCACUAAAGGGAGACGAACGAUGCGCUCUUGAUUCCAUGAGGUUGAUCGAUCUUUUGCUAGUCUUAUUGUUUGAGGGAAGAUCAGCACUGGGCCGUAGCACUACCGGUGGUCCGUCUGGUCCCUUAUUACCAAGACUGAGACGUUUGGAUAGCGCUGGAGAAAAGUCCCACAGACAAUUGAUCGAUUGCAUACGUUCCAAGGAUACGGAUGCGUUGAUCGAGGCGAUCGACACAGGAGGAAUUGAAGUUAACUUUAUGGACGAUGUUGGGCAAACUUUACUCAAUUGGGCAUCGGCAUUCGGUACGCAAGAGAUGGUCGAAUUUUUGUGCGAUAGAGGUGCGGACGUUAAUAAAGGUCAACGGUCAUCCAGUUUACACUACGCGGCUUGUUUCGGAAGACCGGCUAUCGCCAAGGUUCUACUCAGGCACGGUGCUAAUCCUGAUUUGAGAGACGAGGAUGGUAAAACACCUUUGGAUAAAGCCAGAGAGCGCGUCGACGAAGGACAUAGAGAAGUUGCAGCUAUUUUACAGUCUCCUGGAGAAUGGAUGUUACCGCCGAGUCAAGAACAUAGAAAACUUGAGACGGAAGUGGAAGAAUUUACAGAACCUAAGGGGGAUCCUGAAAUGGCGCCUGUUUAUUUAAAACGAUUGUUGCCGGUGUUUUGUGCAACUUUUCAGUCGACUAUGUUACCAAGUGUUAGGAAAGCGAGUUUAAGUUUGAUUAGAAAAAUGGUGCAUUACAUCCAGCCAGAAUUGCUUGUAGAAACAUGUGGAUCUGAUAGAACCGGAGGAUGUGGAGCUAUGCUCGUUGAAGUAAUUGCCAAUGUUUUAGACAAUGAGGAAUAUGAAAUAAAGGCGCCAUUGUCAUCACCUACAGUUUUUAAGACGUUUGGCCCGGCCAAAUUACCCGGCCUUACGACUCACAAGCCUUCGAGUUUUCGCAACUACAUUCUCGACUCGACGGAGGAUGAGGACGGCCAUUUAGUCGUUCUGCAAAUGAUACAGGAUCUGAUGAUUAAAGGCAAAGAUGAGUUCUUAGAACAUUUCGCACGUUUAGGAGUAUUUUCAAAAGUUGCCGCUUUAGCUGGACCACAAGAAAGUACACCCGAGCCAGAAGCGGAAUCGAAUCAAUCGGGAGAAGAACAAAGAAUGGAAGAUGCGAAAGAAUUAUUAAUAGGCAGAGCGUAUCACUGGAGAGAUUGGUGCAUAUGUCGAGGACGUGAUUGUCUUUACAUCUGGUCCGAUGCGGCGGCUCUAGAAUUAUCGAACGGAAGUAACGGAUGGUUUAGAUUUAUUCUUGAUGGCAAACUGGCAACUAUGUACUCUAGCGGAAGUCCGGAAGGUGGAACGGACACAUCGGGAAAGGGGAGGAACACAGAGUCGCUUACCACUGAAGAGAACCGUGGUGAAUUUCUGGAAAAACUGCAAAGAGCGCGUAGCCAGUUAAAAGUGAAUUUUGUAAGUCAGCCUGUGCUCUCUCGUCCUGGUACUACACGCCUAGUCGUGGGAAAUUGGGCGUUAUCUAGUAGAAAGGAAAGCGAGUUAUGUAUACAUAAUAGUGAUGGUCAACAACAGGCAACCAUUCUAAGGGAAGACUUGCCAGGUUUUAUUUUCGAGUCGAACAGAGGCACUAAGCAUUCUUUUACAGCGGAAACAAGCUUGGGGCCAGAAUUUGCAGCAGGUUGGACUGGGAAAAGGGGCAAGAGAUUAAGAUCGAAGAUUGAAGCGAUUAAACAGAAGGUUAAAGUGCAAGCGCAAGAGAUAUACGAGCGUUACUUUAAAGCGGCUCAAGCUCAACCACGCGGUAUAGUUGCUAAGCUUGGUGCCAUUGUUAAUCAAAUAGAAAAAGCAUCUCAAAAGCAACAAUCUGGAAGUCGCGAAUGGCGCGAUCUAUUGCAAACUGCGUUAGAACAACUCAAAGUAUUAUUGAAUGAAGAAGGUCGAGUGUCCGCGUAUGAGUUACACUCGAGUGGUCUCAUACAAGCGUUGCUCGCCUUGUUGGCUGCGCCUCCUGGACCCUCGCCCACGACUUUGAGAGCGACGAAACUUAGGAUGCAAAGGAUAACUACGUUCAAGAGCUGCUUCCAAACAAAAGAUACGAAUAAGGAGCCUAAUUCGGCGAAAAUUUUAGUUCAUAAGUUGGUUUCGGUGCUGGAGUCGAUAGAAAAAUUACCCGUGUAUCUGUACGAUACCCCCGGAUCAGGCUACGGUUUACAGAUCCUGACGAGGCGAUUACGCUUUCGACUAGAAAAAGCUUCUAGUGAGAGCGCGUUAAUAGAUCGAUCUGGGCGUAGCUUAAAAAUGGAACCAUUAAGUACAAUACAACAAUUGGAGAAUCAUCUGUUAAAAAUGGUGGCGAAACAAUGGCACGAUCACGAUAGGUCUACAUUCGCUUUUGUGAAGAGAUUGAAAGAAGAAAAUAAAAUAUUGUUCAAGUAUCAGCAUGACUUUGACGAAAAUGGUUUGUUGUAUUGGAUCGGAACAAAUGCUAAAACUUGUUCAGAAUGGGUAAAUCCAGGUCAAUAUGGCUUAGUUGUCGUGACAUCGAGUGACGGAAGAAAUCUGCCGUACGGUCACCUCGAGGAUAUACUCAGCCGUGAUCCAUCAGCAUUAAAUUGUCACACCAAUGACGAUAAACGGGCUUGGUUCUCGAUAGAUCUUGGAGUUUGGAUUAUUCCAAGUGCUUAUACUUUGAGACACGCGAGAGGAUAUGGUAGAAGUGCAUUAAGAAAUUGGAUGUUUCAAGCGUCAAAGGAUGGUGUUACUUGGAUUACGUUGUAUGCCCACGUAGACGAUUGUUCUUUAAACGAGCCGGGCAGUACAUCUACCUGGACAUUGGAGCCACCGAGUGAAGAGACCCAAGGCUGGCGACACUUGCGUUUGCAACAGAUUGGAAAAAAUGCUUCUGGACAGACGCAUUAUUUGUCUGUGUCUGGUUUUGAAGUUUAUGGAGAGGUUACUGGAGUAUGCGAAGAUUUAGGUCGUGCAGCCAAGGAAGCUGAAGCCGGUGUACGAAAGCAAAGAAGAUUUAUUAAGACCCAAGUUCUUAAACAUUUAGUUGCUGGAGUUCGAGUGUCUAGAGGUCUGGACUGGAAGUGGAGGGAUCAGGAUGGCGUGCCACCAGGCGAAGGCACGGUUACGGGAGAAUUGCAUAAUGGAUGGAUUGACGUAACGUGGGAUCAUGGUGGUUCUAAUUCAUACAGAAUGGGUGCUGAAGGAAAAUACGAUCUCCGAUUGGUUGGCGCUGGCCUCGACACGGACAGUACGGCAAAGUGUAAGAGCGGCGGAGGAGUUUUAACCGGCCGAAAAUCAAACAGCACCCCUAGUUUACCCGAUUGCACCGAUACCGCUAUGCGUGGUUCGGUAGCCUCUACGGAUCAAGCUGCGAGUGCGGAUAAUCUAGCAGCAAAGCAAGCUGCCGAAUCGAUAGCCGAGAGUGUGUUAUCAGUAGCUCGUGCGGAAGCGGUGGUUGCUGUAACUGGUGAGAGCGGAGCAAACUCGACGAGUGAACUUUCAGUUGUAUUGCAUCCUAGACCAGAUACCACUGUUACUAGCGAUCUAGCUACCAUCGUUGAAAGCCUCACCCUCAAUACAGACUGUCCGGUUAAUAGCACUAGUAACCGAGCAUCCAGUUCGAAACCACUCUUUGCCACUGUACGAGGAAACAAGGCCAGUGGAGGCUUACUGAGUUUGGAAACCGCUGAAGUUCUCGACCGAAUGAGAGAGGGUGCUGAUCGAUUACGCAACAAUACUAAUAGUUUUCUGAGUGGUGAACUACUUGGUUUAGUUCCUGUUAGAAUCAGCGUUUCCGGCGAGUCUGAUGAAAAUUCAUUAAGGAUUAAAUCUGUACCAAGACAUCAUCCUACUGGAAUCACGGACGUUGCUAAAGACUGUACUCGAGAGAAAGAAGCUAGUUCGUCUACGCAAAAUACAACGGGCGGUUGUCCUGUUGUGGUUACCAAUCCCAUGUCGGUAUCUGUGCCUAAUCUCGCUUGUUCCGAUGCUAACAAUACCUUGGAAUCAACAGCUGCUACUGGUUUAUUGGAAACUUUUGCUGCAAUGGCGCGAAGACGAACAUUAGGACCUGCGGGCGGACAGCAUCUUGCUUCAAAUUCUAAUACGAGUUGUAACCCAAUUCGAGGACCGAAUUCUGUAUCUAGUCUCGUACGAUUGGCACUCAGUCCCAAUUUUCCUGGUGGUUUACUUAGUACGGCGCAAAGUUAUCCAAGUCUAACUAGUAGCGGACAAGUAGCUGGUAGUGGCGUUACUACGACAACUGGACCAGGUUUAGGACAAGCGCUUACUAUGUCUCUGACUAGUACAAGUAGUGAUAGCGAGCAGGUCAGUCUUGAAGAUUUCUUGGAAUCUUGCGGAGGUGUAGCGACUUCUAGCACCGGUGGAGGUCGUACUACUGGUGGACCAACACUUUUGACCGAAUUGGAAGAUGACGAAGAUGGUGUCCUAGAAGAGGAAGAAGAUAAUGAAGAAAAUGACCAAGAGGUGAGCAGUGUGCAGUGUUUCAUUAAGAGUUGUGGUCAAUGCUUCAAAAAUGAGUCGGAGGAAGAUGAAGAGAAUGAAGAAGAAGGUGACGGUUGCGAAGGAGAAUAUGAAGAAGUAAUGGUAAGUCGUAAUCUCCUAGCAGCAUUCAUGGAAGAAGAAGCACCGCAGAGCAGCAAGAGACGUGCAUGGGAUGAUGAGUUUGUAUUGAAACGUCAAUUUUCUGCUCUUAUUCCUGCUUUUGAUCCACGUCCUGGUCGAACGAACAUUAAUCAGACAACGGACCUAGAAGUUCCCCCUCCUGGCAGCGAAGCGCAAGUUAACAGUCGUAUAGGGUCGUUGCCUAUGCCUAGACUUUCUUUGUCGUUGAAAGGACCAGGCUUUCCGGGUAUCCCGGAUGUCGAGAUAUCGCUUUCGGACUCGCAUGCUAGUAUUUUUCAAGCGGUCCAGGAACUAAUGCAGUUAACCGAAUUGGGUAGCCGUCAAGAGAAAUUGAAAAGGAUAUGGGAACCAACCUACACGAUAAUAUACAAGGAAGCCAGAGACGAGGAGUCGUCCGGCAGAGCGACGCCGAUCGUAACACUGUACUCUCGUAAUCCAACGCAAAACGCAAACGCGUGCACCGUUGAGGAUGUCUUGCAACUCUUGAGACAUGUAUUUGUAUUGUGCACUAUUCGGGACGAGAGUGCCUUGGUAGAGCAGGACGAAUCGAAUGAUACGACCUAUUGGCUUCACCCAGACGACUUUACAUCUAAAAAAAUUACCAACAAGAUCGUACAGCAGAUUCAGGAUCCAUUGGCUCUGGCCGCUGGCGCACUGCCCAAUUGGUGUGAAGAACUUGCACGAAGCUGUCCAUUUUUGCUACCUUUUGAAACGAGACGGCUUUAUUUCAGUUGCACCGCUUUUGGUGCUUCACGAUCCAUCGUGUGGUUACAAACGCAGCGUGAUGCGAUUCUCGAGAGGCAAAGGGCACCGGGUUUAAGUCCACGGCGUGACGAUAGCCACGAAUUUCGUGUUGGCAGGCUUAAGCACGAAAGAGUGAGUGUACCGAGGGGAGAAAAGCUAUUAGAUUGGGCGGAGCAGGUGUUGAAGGUGCAUGCGAGUCGUAAGAGUAUACUUGAGGUAGCGUUUGUAGGAGAAGAAGGUACCGGUCUCGGGCCUACUUUGGAAUUCUUUGCACUAGUCGCAGCGGAAUUGCAACGUAAGGACUUAGGUCUUUGGUUAUGCGAUGACACUGCCGACGACAAUACCGCCACGCGGAUCUUAAAUGAAGAACAAACGUGCAUUUCUGGGGAGAAGAUUCGGCCUGCGGGUUAUUACGUGACGCGAGCCAGCGGUUUGUUCCCAGCUCCAUUACCGCAAGAUUCGGCAUGUUGCGAUCGCGCUGUUCGAUAUUUCUGGUUCCUAGGAGUCUUCUUGGCAAAAGUUCUUCAGGAUAAUAGAUUAGUAGAUUUACCAUUAUCCCGUCCAUUCUUAAAAUUAAUGUGCCGUGGUGAUAUCUCGAACAAUGUUAAUGAAAAGAUCGGUCUUACUACCGGCGUUACGCAGGAGAGUAUGUCGUCUAGCAUGUCGAGUAGCUUUAUAUCGGAGGAAGAGGAAAACGAUGCUGCGUACUCUUCAUUAGAAUCUUGUCCAUGGUAUGCCGGUCUAUUAGACAUAGAGGAUCUUGUCGAGGUGGAUCCUGUACGGGGAGAAUUUCUAAGAGAAAUACAAAAUGCGAUCGCGAAGCGUGACAGAACUUUUUCCGACGGUCCAAGCUCUCCUGACCAUGAAGAAACGUCAUUGCACAUCACUCAUCCAUCGGGUACUUCAGUGGCUAUUGAAGAUUUAGCAUUAACCAUGACGUAUUCACCAAGUUCGAAAGUUUUUCAACAUGAUCAAGUGGAAUUGAUAGAAGGCGGUUCGGAUAUCGUAGUGACGAUAGAAAAUGCGAGAGAAUACGCGAAUCUUACCAUCAAUUAUUGCCUUAACCAGGGAAUUUAUAGACAACUCGAAGCGUUCAAAUCAGGCUUUUCUAAAGUCUUUCCGAUGGAAAAGCUCCAUGUUUUUAGUCCAGACGAAAUGAGAGCGAUGCUUUGUGGUGAACAGAAUCCACAAUGGACGAGGGAAGAUUUGCUCAAUUACACCGAGCCAAAACUAGGAUACACAAAAGAAAGUCCUGGUUUCCAAAGAUUUGUCAACGUGCUGUUAUCAUUGACUGGCCCUGAAAGAAAAGCGUUCUUACAAUUUGCUACCGGUUGUUCUGCCCUACCUCCAGGAGGUUUAUGUAAUCUACAUCCCAGAUUGACUGUCGUGCGGAAAGUGGAUGCUGGUUCUGGUGGUUAUCCUUCUGUUAACACUUGUGUUCAUUACUUAAAAUUACCAGAGUAUCCUACUGAGGAAAUCCUAAGAGAAAGGCUACUGGCUGCUACCCGAGAAAGAGGGUUUCAUUUGAAUUAAAUUUAUUUUCUUGUCCCAA